UGAAGUAGUUUGCCGUGCAUUACCAAUGUGAACUUUAUUGAACCGCAACCCCCUUUUGUUUCCCCUCCCUCUGGUAUCAAAUAGCAACUAGUGACACUUGAAAUCUCGAGUCAACAACCAUUUCUUGGCAGCUCAGGCUUCGUAGCGACUGCAGGCAAGGCAGGGGAUCAAUGGAGGAGCCCUUCCUUGUUUGUAAAUGAAGCCUGCCAAAACCUUCCCCAAAUAGGCAUUUUUCAACUCCCUUGUGAAAGGUCAUGGAUCCUGAACAAAGCCAGAAGAGCACAAAGAAGGGUGAAGAAGGUCCAAGGAAAAGGCUGAUCAAAGGGGAAGCUUUCCAAGGCAGUGUUUCAUCUGCAGCUCCGUAUUCAGGCAGCUCUGUUCCUUUGCAGGGGUCCCCCCUCCAGGAUAUUGCAUCGCAGCAGCAUUUUCCAAGGGAAGAGACCCAGGAGCAAACAGCGCAACCACCAGCCAAGCACUCCUCUUUUGAACACCCAUCCCACGUCACCCAGCUGGCGCAGCAUCCCCUGCCGCCUGCGUUUAUGCCUCCCAGGAAGCAAGAGCACGUCCUUGAAGGAUCUACAUGGCAGUUAGUUGACCCAGCGAGAGCAAGUACCUCCAGUUCAUUUCCGUCAGCUGGGCUUCAUUCCAGUCGUGGCCAGCUCUUACCUUCUCACUCCUCCGUCGUUCCCCGAGAAGAGAUGCCCCCCGUUCCAAAGGUCUACAUCCCCCGAGCGUCACAGGUUUCCAUGAAGCAAUCUGAAGAAGUCCACAAGAAGGAAAAGAAACCCCAGAAACCAGGCAAAUACAUUUGCCAGUACUGUAGCCGGCCUUGCGCCAAGCCAAGUGUGCUCCAAAAACACAUCCGGUCACACACAGGGGAACGACCGUAUCCGUGUGUCCCCUGCGGCUUUUCAUUCAAAACCAAGAGCAAUUUGUAUAAACACAGGAAGUCUCAUGCUCACAGGAUAAAAGCUGGGCUGGCUUCGGGAACUGGGUCAGAGUUGUAUCCUUCGGGCUUGGAAAUGGAGAGGAUGGUUGCAGAGGAACUUGAAGAGCCGACGGAAGGAGAGAGCACAGAUUCGGAGGAGGAGACCAGGACCACAUCAAGCCAGUUGGUAGAACUGUCACCCAGGCAGAAGCAAACUAUGUUGUAUGGGGCAGGGAGCCAAGGUUCUAGCCAAGAGAGCGGCUCCUUUUCCCAUUCCAGUAUGUCUGUGUCCUUUGAAGAGAGCAGCCAGUUUGUGGAGCCCGUCUCAGAACAUGCCCAGAGUCAUAAAUCAGAGGAAACUCAUACCAUCAAGCAGAAGCUUGCUCUCCGGCUGAGCGAAAGGAAAAAGGUGAUCGAAGAGCAGGCUUUCCUCAGCCCUGGCAGCAAAGGGAGCACUGAAUCAGGCUAUUUUUCCAGAUCUGAAAGUGCCGAACAGCAAGUCAGCCCACCAAACACCAAUGCAAAAUCUUAUGCAGAAAUUAUUUUUGGCAAAUGUGGGAGGAUUGGCCAACGGACAGCCAUGUUGUCUGCCACCACCCCCCAGGAAUUCCCACCGGUCUCGACCGAAGAGAAAGUUAGCACGGUCCCCUUGUCUGUGCCUAGAACACAGGUUAUCGAGCAUAUCACCAAGCUGAUUACAAUUAAUGAAGCAGUGGUGGAUACCAGUGAAAUAGACAGCGUGAAGCCUAGGCGCAGUUCGUUGUCCAGACGGAGCAGCAUUGAAUCUCCAAAGUCCAGCACGUACAGAGAACCGUUUCAGUUAGACGUCAAGUUGGGGAGUCAGCCCGAUUCGUCCAAGUCUUUGGCAUCCCACAUGGAAAAAAUGAAGCCUGAACAAUCAUUGCUAUCACUCCAGCAACCCCACAGUGCCACAGAGACAGUGCCUCUCCUAAGAAGCCACUCGAUGCCUUCUGCUGCAAGCACUAUGAGUUCCUCUCACCCCUUUAGAGGUAGCUAUUCUUUUGAUGACCACAUUGCAGAAUCCGAGGUUUUAAGCCGUGGCCAGGUGUCUUCGUCCCACCCUCGAAUGCUGAAACGGCAGCCUGCCAUUGAGCUACCUUUGGGAGUGGAAUAUAGUACCGAGGAGGUGAGUGCAGCCAGCAAAGAAGCUGUUUUGAAACCUGUGGAGGAACAAGAAACCAAGGAGAGUGAGCAGACCAAGAAGUCUAGAAAGGGUAUGAAAGGGAAAGGCUUCAUGUACGAAUGUAAUAUUUGCGGUGCUCGGUACAAGAAAAGGGACAAUUACGAAGCGCACAAAAAAUACUAUUGUUCAGAACUCCAGAUCUCCAAGCCUCGUUCUUCCAGUUCUCAUACCUCAUCAGAAUCUGAGAAAGUGUUUGUGGAAUCUGAUCCAUGGCCGCAGGUGAUGCAUUAUAAGCUGGGGAGCAGUUUAGAGCUUACGCCAGUGAGGAAAAGGCGUAAAGAGAAGAGUCUUGGCGACGAGGAAGAACCUCCUUCUUUUGAGUUGAGUGAAGCUUCCUCAUCCAGCACUGGGCCAGCCAGCCAGUAUAUUAGCCGGAAACCGACGAAUGUGGCCUUGCACAUAGCUUCUGAGUCCAUUAAAUCACCAGCAGAACCCAGUAAAUCUAUGCCACUGUCUGACGUGAGUGUCAGCUUUCACUCUCGGAGUGGAAAACCAGCUUUCAGCAUGGAGAUCAAAGAGAGGAGAGCCACCUCUAAAGAGAUCUCCGUGAUCCAACACACAAGCUCCUUUGAGAAGUCUGACUCUGUAGAACAGCUAAGCAGCUUAGAAGGAGAAGAGAAGCUUCAUUUGCAAUAUUCAUCUCAGCCUGCAGUUCCACACGGCCGGCCGUCACAUUCCCUGCAGCCAAAGCUUGUCCGUCAACCCAACAUCCAAGUCCCUGAGAUCCUGGUGACUGAAGAGCCGGACAGGCCUGAGACAGAACCCGAGCCUCCGCCUAAAGAGCCAGAAAAAACAGAGGAAUUUCAGUGGCCACAGAGAAGCCAGUCUCUCUCCCAACUUCCUGCGGAGAAGCUACCCCCUAAGAAAAAGAGGCUUCGACUAGCAGAAAUGGCUCAGUCUUCUGGCGAGUCCAGUUUUGAGUCAGUGAGAAGCCUGAGUCAGGAAAGCAGCGUCUCCCACGGCUCCAGCCGUUCAACUUCAUUUGAGCGUGAGGAAACGGCUUCCCAGGCCUCUGAAUCCCACAUGAAACCUCUUGGCAUUGGGCCUCAUAUGCUCAUGGUCCCAGGCCACCAUCAACACCACCACCCUUCACGAGAAAUGCGGAGAUCAGCUUCUGAGCAGACGCCCAAUGUCUCUCACUCCUCUACGAUAUCUGAGACCCGCAGUAAAUCAUUUGACUUUGGAAGUCUGUCCUCUUCUUCUGCCCCUACAUCCCGCACCCCAACAACAACAGCACCACCACUGGAGAGGCGGAAAUGUUUUCUGGUUAGGCAGGCAUCUCUCACGAGGCAUCCAGAGCACGAGCCGGAUUCUGGCCCCAAAGGAGGAACCGAGACAGAGGAAGUGUUGCAGCCUUCAAGCAAGUCUUCAGUCUCAAGUUUGCCUCUCCAGCAGCCUUCGUCAUCCUCCUCCUCUUCCUCUCAUGGAGGCUAUGCGAGUGAGAAGGGCCAGCCGAAAGACUGCCCUGAGCCCACUUUCCCCCAUUCCUAUACCGAAGCUCUGCAAGUGUUCCAUCGCCCGACUCCAGAGUUCACACUCCAUGAAAAGCAAUAUGUGGCCCCGCAGAUCUCUCUCUUGCCAUUCCAGCACCUUUUGCCCCACUCGGGAGGACAGUCUGUAGAGCUCUUUUCCAGUCAGGUGAUGACUGACAUCUUCUCUGGUCCAUACUCCAUUCCGCAGAUACCUCAUUCCAUAUUCCAGAAUCCACCUCUUCCUCUGCCAGAAGCUUUGUUGCACCCGGGCCAGCUUCAUAUCACCUCUCCGCUGAUGUCACACCCUGCUGAUGUGCACCUCAGCCGAAGCUCCUCCCUCAUCCCCGUACACUACCCAGGCUCCCCACCGCUCCCUUCUGCAUUUUUUCUUCCCCUCCAGUCCCAGCUGGCUCUCCAAUUGCCAAGUGAGAUCGGAGCCCAUUUGCCCCAGAUCAAAUCCAGCUUGUCUCCUAUUGGAAGAACCAGUUUUUCUCCAUCCGCAGACUACAGCUCUGAAAGCAGGUUACAUAUUUUGACUCGCCCGGUGAGUCCCUCUGCAUCAGUCUCCAUAUCUCAGUUGGUUGUCCCUGCACAUUCUGAACCUGUAGUGUCCCUCGUUGUCCCUGUUCGCAUUCAAACCCACAUGCCAUCCUAUGGGAGCGCCAUGUACACAACGCUUUCUCAGAUUUUGGUCACUCAGUCCCAUUGCAGCGCCUCUUCUAUCCUUCUGCCAAAAUUUGAUGAUUAUCAAACAAAAGGUACCUUGGUCUGCACUGCUGAUGUUCAUGGAAUAGGUCUUGAUUUGGCACAGAUGAUCACAGAGGAGCAGAGGGCCUUGUUCCAGACACCAUACCUGAGACUGCCAUUGUCUUUGACCGAAAGAAAAGGUUACAUUCCCCUCAGCUCCACACCAGAUAGUGUCUUGGGUCUAGAAGUGAGUACAUCAACUGUUGGAGGGAGCAAACGGAUGUUGUCUCCGGCGGGAAGCUUGGAACUCACCAUGGAAACUCAACAACAAAAAAGGGUGAAGGAAGAAGAAUUCUCUGGAUUGGAAGAGAAGCUGGAAGUGGUGAAGGCCCCUAGUGCAAUAGAGGAAGAGAAGAAACAGGACCAAAUGAGAGCCAAGGCUGAAACGCCACUGAAUGUAUCCUCUGAGCCGUCAGAACUUCUGGAGGCCCAGAGGACUUUACAUCCGAACUUGCCGCAGCCUGAGGCCCGAGAGGACUACAACCACCAGGCCACCAAGCCUUUCAGAAGCAAGGAGUCUCCACAGAUGGUGAAGAAGGAAGAUUCCAAAGAUCCAGUGGAACUGCCUGAAGCAAACCCUCCAAGUCCAGUUCUUCCCUCCAAGGCUGCUCAAAGUUCAAAGAAGUCUCAAGAAGGUACAGAUGUUAAGAAGGUACUCCAGUUCCCUAGCCUCCAUACAACUACUAAUGUCAGUUGGUGCUAUUUAAAUUACGUAAAGCCAAAUCACAUCCAGCAAGUUGACCGACGAUCCUCGGUGUAUGCCAGCUGGUGUGUUAGUUUGUAUAAUCCCAACCUCCCAGGUAUACCCACGAAAGUGGCCCUCUCACUCCUGUGCUCCAAGCAGAAAGCGAGCAAAGAAACAUACACCAUGGCUACUGCUUCACGUCCGGAGACAGGAAGGCUUGUACCCUCGAGUUCCAGGAAUCCCAAAAUGUCAGAGGUUCAUCUGCCUUCACUCCUUCCCAAUGAAGGUCGAAAAGACAUAGCAAGAACUGACAAGGAAGAGGAGAAAAGAGGAAAACUGGAAGACGACAUUCCUGUGUCCAAAAGAGGGGAGCCAGCCAGGAUCAAGAUCUUUGAAGGAGGGUACAAAUCAAAUGAAGAGUAUGUGUAUGUGCGAGGCCGCGGACGAGGGAAGUAUGUAUGUGAGGAGUGUGGAAUUCGCUGCAAGAAACCCAGCAUGCUGAAGAAACACAUUCGCACGCACACAGACGUCAGGCCAUAUGUCUGCAAGUACUGUAACUUUGCUUUUAAAACCAAAGGGAAUCUGACUAAACAUAUGAAGUCAAAAGCCCACAGCAAAAAAUGUCAGGAGAUGGGAGUGUUAGUGUCUUCACUGGUCGAGCUAGAAGCAGAAGAAGGAACCAGUGAAGACCUCUUUCAAGAUUCAGAAGGGCAUGAGGGAUCUGAGCUACUUGAAGAGCACCAGUUUUCAGACUUGGAGGAGUCUGAUGAGGAGGAGGAGGAGGAAGAAGAGGAGGAGGAAGAGGAGGAGGAGGAAAGCCAAGAGGAGCCACCUGAAAAGCUCUCAGAAAAGAAGACAACUUCCCUCUGCCCGGAACAGUCUCCUAAAAGUCCUCCUACCCACAAAAAAGGCACCAAGACAGCAUUGUCCAUAUCAGAAGAGAUCUCGAGCACUGAGCAUGCUGAUCAAAGUCACCGGGCCGCUUCCUCAGGGUUAGAAACAAAAUGGUCGGCAGACAGUAGUGAAGUUGCUGUCUGCCACAGCUUCUUAAGACACCAUCGGCCUGUUCUAACCUCCAGUGAGCACUUAGCUUCUGCUGAGAAGGAAUUGAUCACAAGGCCACAGAUGUUCUUAGCAAUGGACUUGUCGAUCUCCAAAGAUGCCUUCCCUCGAAGGAAGUGGUCCCCAAGCAAGGAUACAGGCGGCGCUGGAAGUAACCGAUCCAUAUUAGCUCGAAAGCACUUGUUAACCAAAAACGAAACUUCACCUAAAAGGUUUUCGCCAACUCGGGAAACAGCUUCACUGAGGAGCCUCUCACCGGGGGCAGGGAUUCCCCCUUGUCACCGUCUGUCCCCGAGAAGGGAGUCAUUUCCUCUACGGAGUUUGUCCCCAAGACUUGAGCUCUCACCAAGUAGGUACCUUUCGCCAAGAAGAGAGCUGUCAUCACGGACGUGCCCUCCACCAGAGAGAGGGGUCUCUCCUGUGAGGCGAGUGUCUCCAAGUAGGGAAAUGUCUUCGGGCAGAUAUUUAUCCAUGAAGAAGAUGUUUCCCCACAGCUAUUCAGAGCCACCUUCACGGUACCCAUCCCCAGGAAGAGAAGAUUUGCCUUCUGGUAGUCAUUUGGCACCUGAUGAAAAAAAUCAGAAUUUGGGUAAAGUUCAGCAUGGGAUAUCAUCUCCAAUGCCUCUACCUCAAAAGUCGCUCGGCAAAAGCACAGAGGUGUGUGAAGAAUCUAAAUGGUCAUUGCAGAAGAUGGCAUCAAGGAGCCCAACAAGUUCACCAGGCACUGCUCAGCAUCUCUGCUUAAAACGUUGGCAAUCACCCCAUGAAAUACAUAUUCACACUCCAGCCCGAGUGGAAGACUACGUCUUCAGCCAUCUCCCGUUGCAUUCGCAGCAGCUGCCCAGAAGUCCAUGCCCUAUGAUUCCAAUAGGGGGCAUCCAGAUGGUUCAGGCAAGGCCCAGCAGCCAUCCUUCUUUGGGGCACGGCUCCGUCCUUUCAUGGCAAGCCAGCUGUUUUGCACCUGGUGGCACCUUAUCCGAGUUUGGCCAAGCAAAAGAAAGGAGCCCCGAGGCCCAGGAACCGCAAGACACGGCGGCAUCAUCAGCAACUCCACUGCUUCAAAGCAGCAGCUACUCGGAAGGGAAAAUAAGGACUAGUAGGAUUCAGAGGAAGAGAGCUGAGGAGGAAUACAGGGUUGAAACAUGCGCUGCUCUCAGUGGCAGGGAGCAGGAACGCUGUUCAGCUUCCGGUGAGAGUCCCAGCCCAAAGGGCGAGCGCUCUCCGGAGCCUUCAGUGAGUGGGGAAGAACCCUUGGAAAAGACAGGAAAGGAAAAACCGAGCCGCUCGAGCACUUCCUUUGAGCCCACCUGCACUUUCAUCUCAGACUUCCCAGCCCAGACGCUGGACAGGAGUAGCAGCACUGGUUGUCUGGCGGAGUCCCCGUCAGGCCCGUUGACCUCCUGCGGAGUCUCCGUUAGGAGAAGGAACCUCUCAGAAGAGCCAGCUCCCCAAGCAGGGGUGCAUCGGAGGAAUAGCCCCCCCUUGGAACAAGCAGGCUUCGGCCUAUCACGGAACGAAACGGACAACAAUACAGAAAGUACUUAAGCCCACCCUCCACCUUUUGUCACUGGUUUCCCAUGUAAAUCAACCCACCUUAGUCAACGCUAUUGGUAAAGGACGGAUUUCAGAGUACGACCAAACUCACAGACAAGUUGCUGGUUCUCUUUUGUUUCUGUCUGGUCUUAUUUCCACAUGUACCUGUGCCUUUUUCUAUACCAUUCUGUUGCUUGAAAUGUAAAGAAGCUGAGGGUAUGAAUUGUUUUUUCGUUUGCUUAAAGAGAGUUUUGGAAAGGGGUUUAAUAGAUCGCGUGUCCUUUGCCGUUGAAAUGUCUGUUCCUGUGAGCUGCAGAAUAAGAAAGGGUUUUAGAAGCAUUUUUGAAGAAAUGCACUGAAAAACCAUUUAGGAGAAAACCAAAACACCUCUUAAAAUAUAGUGGUUGAAUUAUUAGGCAAAAUGACCCUGUACAGACAGCAACAACCCCUAUUUAUUACACGUUUUAUUUAAUAUGUGCCCAAGUGCUUAUAUUAUAAUUAUUCCUAUUAUUAUUUGCAUUACUCUGGUUGCCUAUAAAUGUGCUUUAAGGACAGCUGUGAUUGCUUUAAUUUGGAAAAAAAAGAGAAGUGUUUACCUUUGAAUUUUAACUGAAACUAGCACUUAUUUUGUAGGGGGGAGGCCCCAAGGGCCAUGAAUGGAUACCCCCCCCUGAAAAAAACAAUCUAUGAUGUGCCUCCCUUGCACACAACCCCCCUUCCCCAAAAGCACUUUUUAAAAGAAGGGACAUGUACACACACAUACAAAAAGCCCUCCCCUCCCCAAUAGCAUUCAAAGAAAACAGAAAUAUAUUGAAUGUAAAAAAGUCAUUCCAAGAACAGUAUCCAAUUCGAGGUUCCCCAAAUGUUGUCCCUGCUUUAAAUCCUUUGACUGGCUGCUGCUGCUGCUGCUGUAACACACGCACACAGUCCCCGCGGGGUGCCUUUCACCAGUCUUUGGAGGGCAGAGACUUGGCUGUGAAACCCGGCCUCUUGUUUCCUGAAAACGUUCCCCUUUCAUAAUUCACUUUCUCGUUGUGAAACAACAUCUUAGCCAUGCAGACCAUUUUUUUAAAAAAAAUUCCCACACCCCAACUGAAAAAGAAAUCCAAUUUGAUCCUUCUGUGGAGGAAAUGGAGUUGUCCCCCUGUCCCCCACUUUUUUUUGUUUCUUCCAGAUUUUUUUUCAAAACUGCAGAAGUUUAAUCCAUAUUUGUAUAGUGGGCCUUUGUAGCAUUUCAAAUCGCCAGGUUGCCGUGGCUCAUGGUGAGCCCGUUGGUUUUGGCAUGUAUGACAAGAUAAUAAUAAUAAUAAUAUUUGAUUUAUAUACCACCCUUCAA